CACGUCGGAAGGGGGAUGCUGCGGCGGCGCCGGGCAGGGUCCGGCCGAGCGGCGGGGAGGCGAGUGCCGCGUCCUCCGUCCCCUCCCUCGCCGGGGGCGGCUCCAUGGCCGGGGGCGCCCGCCAGCCCUAAGGGAGCCGCCGCGCCCGGGCACCGCGGCGGGGGCACCGCGGCAGCAGGCACCGCGGGGAGCAGCCGGGACCCAGCCGAGCCCCCCGCUCGCCUCGGGGGCGGCCGCGCCGCGGGGGCACCCCAGGUUUCCCCAGCCCGGCUGUGACUGCGUCUCGCCGAGACACCAUGUCUCGCUACAGCCUCCAGAACCUCCUGGACUGGCUGUACGGGGGGGUGGACCCCAGCUUUGCCGGCAAUGGGGGGCCCGAGUGCGCAGCCUUCCUCUCUGGGCACCAGCGCUUUGUGGAGAGCGUGGUCUUCCUCACCGUGGGCGUCGUGGAGAUCCUCGUGUCCCUGUGGAAGCUCAGGCAGCUGCAUUGCAAAGAGCUGGACCUGCUGCAGCAGCCCCAGGCCAAGCAGGAGAGCCUGGGCAAGAACCUGCUGCUGGUGCUGCUCUGCCUCAUCUUCGGGCUGGAGGUGGGCUUCAAGUUUGCCACCAGGACGGUCAUUUACCUCCUGAAUCCGUGUCAUGUGGUCACUAUGAUGCAGAUUUUUCUUCUUGCCUGUCCUCCAUGUCGGACUGCAAUGAUUCUCUUCAGGUUGCAGAUGCACAUGCUGAACGGGGCCCUUUUGGCAUUGCUGUUUCCUGUUGUUAAUACACGCCUGCUUCCAUUUGAAAUGGAAAUAUAUUACAUCCAGCAUGUGAUGCUUUAUGUCGUGCCCAUCUAUCUGCUGCGGAAAGGAGGUAUCUACACUCCAGAACCACUCUGCAAUUUCUGGUGGGCUCUUUUAUCCACGGGGUUUAUGUUUGUAUAUCAUUUUAGCAUCUUGCAGAUUCUGGGAUUGGUUACAGAAGUGAACUUGAACAACAUGUUGUGCCCAGCUGUCUCAGAUCCUUUUUAUGGGCCUUGGUAUCGAAUCUGGGCAUCUGGACAUCAGACUGUCAUGACCAUGACUCAUGGGAAGCUUGUAAUCCUUCUGUUUUACAGUGCUGUCCCCAUUUAUAAAUGUAGCAUGGACUUGCUUAGACUCCCGGCUAAGAAAAUAGACUGAAAUUUCUCCCCACGGAGUAGUACCUACAGGUAGCAGAGACACUUAUACUGGAAAACAAAGAGGAGGGAUGAGAGGACAAUGCGUUUAUACAUCUCCCCACAGUUUAUUGCCUCAAAAACACUUCUAUAAUCAAGUGAGUUUUUUUUAAUUUUUAACUGCUGUUUCUCACUGCCUAUUGCCAAUGGCAAAAUUAGUGGCCUUAUUCUGGAAAAGGUUUUAUACAUUUUGUGUAGAUUACAGUAGGAACUUGCUAAGCCACCAUUUAAAAUUAGGCCAAGAUCUAUCCACAUUCCAGCAAAGAGUGGCAGUGCUACCUCGUUUUGACUUAUAUUCCAUUAAAUAUAGGUACACUUAUAUCAUAGGAUAUGAUGUAGAGCUGAAUUGGACCACUGCACUGAUGUGAACAGGACACAUCUUCGAGUUGCGUCGUCCUGGCUUAACUCUUGGCGCUUGAAUGUUGCAAAAUGGUCACAGUGAAAUGAUGUACACUUAAUCUCCCAGUCCUACGUGCAAAACAGUGAGGUUCUACUGUAUUUUCUUUGAGCUGGUUGAAAAUGUUGGGGAACAAUAACUCAUUCAAAAAUAUGUGGUUUUUUUAUUAAUUGACUACUUAAUUUGUAAGCUGCUGUGGGUGAAUAUCCAUCUGAGUAAGUCCCAUCAGGUCUUGAUGCUUUGGAGAUGCAGGUAUAUAAUACAGGUGUAAAAGGAGCAUCAAAUCUCUGCUGAAUAGGAAGUGUUUCCGUUUACUACUAUGACUAAAUCCUCCUGUCUUUUGGAGAACAGGAUGUAGAGAAGCAGAAUGAUAAACAGUAAACUGUGAGUACCUGUUCAAACUUUUCAGGGCUGGAAACCAUGGAGAAACCAUUGGGCAGAAAGAUGGGGACUCUUGAGCAUGUUCCUCCAGACAGUCAGCUGUGAGUCUGUUGUGCAGACUGUUUAUUUCAGGGCUGCAGGAAUUUUGUUGCACAAAAGUUUGUUGCAAUUUAUAGAUUCAUUGUGUUGUCAAAGCUGUGACUUGUAAGAUAAAAAAAACCAUCAUACCUCCUCCUUGUGGAUCCCCUGAAGAUAUGUUCUGAAGUUAAGGUACAGUCAUUUAUUCUUCAAGAAGGAAAAGUUAACAAUGAGAAUUAGUUGACUUUUAUUUUAUUGUAAAGGUAAUCUUCAUUGGAGAUGGAGCAAAUGGCUACUUCAAAUAUUUUCACUCUAAUUAAAAAAAAAAGUACAUCUUAAUCAAAGAUAUUAUCCCACAUCCUAAUUUACAAACUGAUUUCUGGCUUUCUGCCAUGCCUUGCUCUGUGUGUGUGUGUAUACACAUAUAUAUACACGUAAUAAACAUACUGUACUCUCACAACUUGACAACACAUGACAUAACCUAAACUAUCCAUAUAACUUGUCUUAGUUAUAUAGACUGUGCAGCUCCUUGAGUUUUUAAUUGGAAUUCAGCCUGGGAAAGCGGAACACCUGGUAAGAACCCCCAGCGUAGAGAGUUCGCUGUCAGUUGUUGAUCUAUGUCAGGUUGGAUGGGGCCUUGGGCAGCCUGAUCUGGUGGGAGGUGUCCCUGCCCGUGGCAGGAUGGGCUUUAAGGUCCCUUCCAACCCAAACUAUUCUAUGAAUUAAGAAUUCUAUGAACUAUGAAUUUCACUGCUGCCACAGCAACGCUAGGCAUACAUUGCUGCUUGAAGAAUGAAUGCCUUGGUACUGAAGGCCUGACUCCAUUUGUGGAAGCCCACUUAAUGAGCUGCCAAGUGGCACAAGUUUUUGCUAGUGACCUCAGCAGUUCCAGUAUUUCCAGUAAUGAAAUCCAGGAUGUUGCUGGGAGGCGCCAAGGCACCUGGUGCUGGCUGUGAAAGCGUGACCCUGUUAGUGCAGUUCAUCUCCUGUGAACAGCUGAAUGAAGUACACAGUAAGUCUUCCUUCUCCAGAGUUAUUGCCAAGUGUAUUGUGGUUUAUUUAUUUACUCAAGAAUUUGGCAAAAAAUGCCUUAUGUUGGAUUCAGGCUUGUUUAGAAGGAAUACUUGGUAUUACAAAAUAGAGAUUUCAGCCAAAUUUUACAAAUGUUAUUUAGUAUUGUUGUUAUUUUCUUAAUAUUACUUCUUUUGACGAAGAAAAAUCUUUCCUAUUUCUUUAUUUUGUGUUCAGAAUAUUGUAGCUACCAGAAAAAUGACUGAGUUAUAUGAAAUUAUGAGGUGGUUUUUUUUUUUUUAAUAUCACAGCAUUUUGUAUCUAUAGUCACGUGCUUCAGGGCAUUCGAACCAAGUAUAAAAGAGCUGCUCUUUGCUACCAUUACCUGCCUCGGCCAACUAAGACUGCAGGAGCAUUUAACUAAGCUCAGGUGUCUCACUCCGUGCAGGCUGUUUGAUUAGAGUGCAAAAUUUGUGAGCCUUUCUGACUGACUUCUGAUAGGUAUGGUUGGGCUCUGUGAUUUCGGAGGUCUUUUCCAACCUGGUGAUUUUAGGACUUAAAAUUCAGUAGCAGGAGUGAUGAUGCUAGAUACAGCUAACCCGAGGGAAGCUCCUGGGCCAGUUUGGAUGGAAGGAUUCUUGGUGUAGCUGUACCACUUGCACCACUGACUUGGACAACAGUGCUGCUGUAAUUGUUCCUGUCUUCCCUCCCACUCUGUAUCACAAGAUGUCUGUUCCUGUCGCUCAGGCUUUUCUCCAUAUGCUGGUCCAGUUGUUUUCAGGUCACACUAGAGAUUUCAGGCAUAAUUUCACACCAUGGAGGACGCUGGCAGACCUCAUCAUCAAAGCCAAUGAGACUCUUGUAUUCCCCCUCAACCUUACCUGGGCAGGUUCUGGAGCUUGUGGAACUCAGAUCUGAGUUUAGUUGCUAAAAUCGUUAACUGAGCAAGGUAAUUCAGCAAAAGUGGAAGUAAACCAGCUACUACACUUGAUAAGGAUUGUAGAAGUAUAGGAGCUGCUCUAAAAGAGUCGAAUGGUGCAACCAGAGUCCGGCAGGAGGGAAGGCCGUAGAAUGGUCACCUCUCUGAUGGUAAGGUGUCGCUUCUUGGCUUGUUGUACAACAUCAGUGAAACUGGCUGAGUUAGACCAGAAUCAUUUAGGUUGGAAAAGACCUUUAAGGUCAAGUCCAGCACGUAAGCUAGCACUGCCAACUCCACCAUUAAACCGUGGCCCCAAGCAUCACAUCCACACAUCUUUUAAAUCCCUCCAGGGACAGUGACUCCACCGCUUCCUUGGGCAGCCGUUCCAGUGAUUGACAACCCUUGCUGUGAAGGACUUUUUCCUAAUAUCCAGCCUAAACCUUCCCUGGUGCAACUUGAGGCCAUUUCCUCUUGUCCUGUCACUUGUUACUUGGCAGAAGAGACAAACAGCCACCUUGCUACAACCUCCUUUGGAGGAGCUGCAGAGAGUAUUGAGGUCUCCUCUCAGCCUUCUCUUCUCCAGGCUAAACAACUCCAAUCCCUCAGGUGCUCCACAUAACCCCUGUGCUCCAGACCCUUCCCCAGCUUCAUCACCCUUCUCUGGAUGUGCUCCAGCCCCUCAAUGUCUCUUGUCACGCGGGGCCCAGAAGUUAAAUUAUUGCCUCCCUCUGUUUAUGGAGGCUUUUGAAAGUUAGCAUUUCCUUUUGGUUGGUGGUCUGGUGCCAUGAGCAGCUGUGCCAGCAUAGCUGAGACACAAGCUUCACAGAAGGGGAAGAAUAGGUCAGAUUGGGAGCACAAAGGGAAGGGACUUCUGAAGGUAGUAUCGUGGAACUUCACAUCCUUUAUUCCUCAACUGUCUCUAGUAUCUGUUUGGAAUGUGCAUUGAGUAGAGCUUUUUUGAUGCACAGGAUAUUUGUUUGACUGGGAAACCAGAAUACUUCAUAGGAGUUUUUUAUUCUCUUCUGGGGCAGAGGCUGUAUUUUCUUUUCCCUAAAUGAUUUAGUUUAGAGGCAGUUAAUGCUAUAUGGAUGGUUUCUUUGGUUGCUUUUUAUGCUUACUUCUGCUGGGAACUCAAGAGCAAAACUAUACUGCUGUUCUUGAAUGCUAACUGGCACUCUCUCCGGUGAAUAUUAUGCACACAAUCUGUGUCAAGGUAACUUGAAGGUGUUGGCCAGUACCUGGCAAUGAGAUUUUUCCAUUGCUGCAGUGCAGUGUAUGCCUGAGAGGUUAGUCCUGGUUCUGUCUGGGCACAGGGGCCGAAGCCUUUCGUCACAGUACUAAUAGCUAGGAAAAUAUUGGCAGUAGCUGAGGGGCAGAGCAGGACGUGGAACCACGCAGCCAGCCCCAGACGCUGUUCCUUUCAGCAGGACCUUAAGCCAACUGUGAAAUCUCACCUUGACAUGGAUGGAUUUGCUGUUUUCUGUUGAUACCAGAAAAAAAUGUCAUGGAGUGCCGAUGCCGGGGCUGAAGGGCAGUUGGUGUGUAGCAGGGUGUCUGAACUCUGCCCUCCUCAUUUUCAGUACUGUAGGCACUUACCAGCAGAAAAAGGGAGCGAUGAAAUUGCUUACUCUCAAUGCCAGUGAAUGACUCUAAAUUGGCCUCCAACUGUACACAUAAAUGAAGCAUUGUUAACUUCAGUAAACUUAUUUACUGAUCUGUGUGUUUACGUAGCCAAAGCAGAAAAGUUAGCUAGUAAAAUUUCUGCCCCCACUGUAAUGCCUGGCGAUUCAGCCUGGGAGUAGCGAGAUCCUUGUGCCGAGGCUUCGGCUGCCCAGGACACAGCAGGGCUGUUUCUCAAGGACUCGGACGCUCUGCACAGUGUUUGAGCUCUAUCCUUUUGCAUAACUUCCUUCUAUUUAAGCACCAAAGAAGAAUUUGCAUCUUAUUUCUUUUGGAGGGUGAAAACGAACAGCUCUUGGCUAUGCUUAUAUGAAUCAAUGGAAAGCAACAGUCUAUGAACACUCCCCUGUACUUUGUUUCGAUGCAGCAGCUUUGGACCUGACAAAUGCUGCUUCUAAGCCGCCUCCUGCCUUGCUGAAGGUGGGAGACAGGAGAAGUCAUUUGCAUAUAAUUCAGAUUAUAGAGUACCUCAUUGUUGAUUUAUCUCUCUGUUUCUGGACAGGAUCAGGGUUUUGAUAUUUCUGUAUAUUUGAUAUCAUUUUGUAAAGUCCGAUUGUGUCUUUCUCUCAGCGAUGGCUCUUUGCAACUGUUACAUUCCCAUACUGCACUUUCAAGUUCUAAGUCUUGCAGCUAAACCACAGGUGUUUGUUUUCUCUGCUUCUGUAGUUAAUGGAAAUGUAGAUGUGCUGUUUUUCUCACUGUUGCAAUUUUCACUAGAGUUUGGAUUCUUGGGAAUUAAAUUAGUCCUAAUGGUUUACAAAGCUCAGAAAAGGCCAAAAGCCAGGAUGAGGGCACGUGUCAGCCCUGUUAGGGGCCAAAGGUUUCUACAGGCAGACAGGUCAGCUUUGAUGUUUUCAUUUUUACAGUGACAAGACUCAUAACAAAUCUGUUGAUUUUGUGAUCUCGUACUCAAAGUGAUAUUGCCGUAACUCUGUCUUGCAGUUUUUAGCAUAACUUAGUCAAAGCCAAGCUGUUUUCAAAAUGGUUUUAUUUUUCUUCAGGGUAAAUUUUCUACUUUUUUAAUAUUAUUUCUGCAUUUACUGAGUCAUUCUCUCGAUGCUGCAGAGGACGCAGCAGGCAGAACAGCGAGCGUGGCCACACCACUCACAGCCAGACUGUGCCAGAGAGCUGGAGCUGCUGGUUGGAAGCACAAAGCAGCGCCUGGAAGGCUGCAGUUCCUUACCCAACAUAGUUGAAACAUGGUGUUAUCCAGGCACAGAAGGGAAUGGCAAAGGCAAGGAUGGCUGUGGAGAGGCUCAGCUGCCACAGAUACUUCUGAAUAAUUUGUAUGAGUGUUAUAAAUUUUGUAAACUUUUUAAUGUGCUGAAAGUUGGUUAUAAGGUAACAUUUACAAGCAAAGGGUAAUUUGUGUACUUGUUUUUGUAUUUUGGUCUCAUGGGUUUUUUUUGCUGUUGUGCCCUAAGUCCAGCUCACUGGGCAAAUAGUUGUUAAACCUUUUGGAUUAAAACAAAGAAAUAAAUGCAUUUUAAUGGA